AUGUCGGGCCCUAUGUGCGAUAGCUGCUUCACCGGUGUCCGCCACGAGGGUGAACCGGAAGGCAAGAUCGAGCAGAUCGCCGGCAUCGAGUGUUAUGUCGCCACGCCCUCGGGCGAAUACGACAAGGCGAAAGUCGUGCUCUUCCUCACCGAUGUCUUCGGGAUCCCGCUCAUUAACAACAAGCUCCUUGCCGAUGACUUCGCGCGCAACGGCUACCGCACCGUCAUGCCCGACCUCUUCCAGGGCGAGCCCCUCCCGAGAACCUCAUGCUGGAUGACCCGCCACGGUCCCGAGAGUUGGCACCCGGUCGUCGAUGGUGUCGUCGCCGCACUCAAAGCCGAGGGCAUCUCCUGGAUCGGCACGACCGGCUACUGCUUUGGCGCCCCGCCCGCGUGGCGUCUCGCGCUCAGCGGCGACGCGAAAGUAACUGUUGUGUCCCACCCGUCUCGUCUGCGUGUUCCGGAGGACCUCGAGGAGUACGCGCAGAAGGCGAAGGCGCCGCUGUUGAUCAACAGCUGCGAGGAGGACAAGGCCUUUCCGGCCGAGGCGCAGGCGAAGGGGGACGAUAUACUCGGGGGCGGCAAGUUUGCGCCCGGCUACGAGCGCACGUACUGGCCGGGAUGUUCGCAUGGCUUCGCGGUUCGCGGUGAUAUGAGCAACCCUCAGGUCAAGGCCGGGAAGGAAGGCUCGUUUGAAGCGACUGUGAAGUUCUUCAACCGGUAUAAGAGCCUUUGA